AUGUCGGACGUCGAGAUGAAGGACGCCGAGCCUGCGUUCGAGGGCAUUUCGUCACGGAAUCGGUCGACUGAGACGUGGCCGUGGGUCGAGAAGUACCGUCCGUCGUCUCUGUCGGAUUUGAUCGCACACCAGAACAUCAUCGCGACGCUCAACCGCCUUAUUGAUGCACAGAAGCUGCCCCAUCUGCUGUUCUAUGGACCGCCUGGUACAGGCAAGACGUCUAUGAUUAUUGCAGCGGCGCGGAGACUGUAUGGAAAAAACUAUGGGUCGAUGGUGCUGGAGCUCAAUGCAUCCGACGACCGCGGGAUUGAUGUUGUGCGGAAUCAGAUUAAGGAGUUUGCGGGCACGAAGAAGCUCUUUAGUCAGGGCGUGAAGCUCAUUAUCUUGGACGAAGCUGAUUCCAUGACCAAUGACGCUCAGUUCUCGCUCCGACGCGUUAUUGAAAAGUACACGAAGAACGCGCGGUUUUGCCUCAUUUGCAACUACGUGAGCAAGAUCAUUCCAGCACUGCAGUCGCGGUGCACGCGCUUCCGCUUUGCGCCGCUCGAAGAGAGCCAAGUGAGUGGCCGCAUCAAGCACAUUGCAGAGCUAGAGAAAUUGAACAUGACGGACGACGGGUUCAAAGCUAUUCUGCGUCUAGGCCAGGGAGACAUGCGUCGCAUUCUCAAUAUUCUGCAGGCAACGUCUAUGGCAUACGAUAUUGUUGACGAGGCCAAUGUCUACUUCUGCACGGGUAAUCCGCUGCCGAAGGAUAUUGAGUUGAUGGUUCAGUGGCUCUUCAACGAGAAGUUUGCUACAGCCGUGCACAAGUGCGCCGAGAUGCAGAAGAUCAAGGGCUACGCCACGAGCGAUAUCCUUCAGGACGUGUACCGCUACACAAUGGAUCUGGAGCUGCCACCGCGCUCCCGCAUGUAUUUGUACGACGAGCUGGCUAAGCUCGAGCAUCGCCUGUCGAAUGGCACCACGGAGGAACUACAGCUCGCAUCGAUGGUCGCAAUCUUUGCCAUCGUCCGAGACCAAAUGUCGGAAGCAGUUGUCGGAGCCUAG